AUGGCACCACCACAGUACAAGCCCGAGGAGGACCGGCACACCUUCUACGCGGGGAAGCCGCAGCCGGACUCGGAUUCCCCAGGCACGUUCCAGUCCAUCGAUCCCGCCACGGCAAAGCCCGUCUGCACCAUUCACACCUCGUCGCCGGCCUCCAUCAACGCCGCCGUCGACGCCGCAAAGGCCGCCUUCCCCUCGUGGUCCGCCACGCCGCCCGCCGAGCGCGCCCGCAUCCUGCUGCGCGCCGUCGCCAUCCUCCGCGAGCGCAACGACGCCCUCGCCCGCGUCGAGACCCUCGACACCGGCAAGGCCUUCUCCGAGACCCAGUACGUCGACGUCGUCACCGGCGCCGACGUGCUCGAGUACUUUGCGAACCUCGUCGCCUCGGGCGGCCUCAACGGCGAGUCCUUCCGCCUGCGCUCCUCCGCCUGGGUCUACACCACCAAGGAGGCCCUCGGCGUCUGCGCCGGCAUCGGCGCCUGGAACUACCCCAUCCAGAUCGCCCUGUGGAAGUCGGGCCCCUGCCUGGCCGCCGGCAACUGCAUGGUCUACAAGCCGAGCGAGUUCACCCCGCUGCACGCCCAGUACCUCGCCGACGUCUACAGGGAGGCCGGCGUGCCCGACGGUGUCUUCAACGUCGUCUACGGCGCCGGCGACGUCGGCGCCCAGCUGACGGCCCACCCGGACGUCGCCAAGGUCAGCUUCACCGGCCAGGUGAGCACGGGCAAGAAGGUCGCCGCCUCCGCCGCCGGCGGCAUGAAGUACGUCACCAUGGAGCUCGGCGGCAAGAGCCCCGUCAUCGUCCUGCCGGACUGCGACGUCGAGCAGGCCGUCGACGGCGCCAUGCUCGCCAACUUUUACAGCUCCGGCCAGGUCUGCACCAACGGCACGCGCGUCUUCGUGCCCCGCUCCCUCAAGCAGCAGUUCGAGAAGCUCGUCGUCGACAAGAUCCAGUACGUCCGCGCCGGCGACCUGUUCGACCCGGCCACCAACUUCGGCCCCCUCAACAACAAGGCCCACCUCGAAAAGGUGCAGGCCUACGUCCGCCGGGGCGUCAUGGACGACAAGGCGACGCUGCUGGUCGGCGGCGCCAAGCAGCCCAAGGGCCUGCCGUCGGCCUACCAGUCGGGCUACUGGAUCCAGCCGACCGUCUUCACCGACUGCACCGACGACAUGGCCAUCGUGCGGGACGAGAUCUUCGGCCCCGUCAUGAGCAUCCUGGUCUACGACACGGUCGACGAGGCCGUCGCGCGCGCCAACGCCACGGACGUCGGGCUCGCCGCGGGCGUCUUUGGCCGCGACGUCGACGCCUGCCACAGCGUCGUCUCGCGCCUCGAGGCCGGCAUCACCUGGAUCAACACGUGGGGCGAGUCGCCGGCCGAGAUGGCCGUCGGCGGGUGGAAGUCGAGCGGCGUCGGCGUCGAGAACGGACGCAAGGGGCUCGAGGCCUGGGUGCACAACAAGAGCACCCUCGUCGAGAUGGGCGGGAGCGUGCCCACCGUCUUUUCCAAGUUGUAA